GGCUGCAGAGUGAAGCAGGUGCUGAACAUGGCGAGUCAGCCUGGAGCAGCUCUCCGUCUCUUUCUCCUGAUCAGCGGGCUCAGAAUCGGACUACUGCAGCCAGGGAGAAGUUCCAGUCUCCACGGCUUCUCAGAAUACUAUGCCUUUUCUGACUCAUUUUAUGAGCAGCUUCAAAGCUCUGGAGAGCACCAGAACCUAAUAACAGAGAAUGUGACCGUCGUGGAAGGUGAGGUUGCGACCAUCAGCUGUCGGGUGAAGAAUAAUGACGAUUCAGUCAUUCAGCUACUUAAUCCCAACCGGCAAACCAUCUAUUUCCGAGAUUUCAGACCUCUGAAGGAUGCGCGGUUCCAGCUGGUGAACUUUUCCAGUAAUGAGCUGAGAGUCUCUCUCUCUAAUGUUUCCAUUGAUGAUGAGGGGAGGUAUUUCUGUCAACUCUACACGGACCCACCACAGGAAGCAUACACUAUUAUCACGGUGCUUGUUCCCCCACACAACCUGGUCAUUGAUGUGCAGAAGGAUACGUAUAUAGAGGGAGAAGAGGUGGAAAUGAACUGUACAGUGAUGGCGAGUAAACCAGCAGCAAAAAUACGUUGGUUGAAAGGAAACAAAGAGCUAAAAGGUACUAACACAGAAGUUGAACCCAUAGAAGAUAAGAUGUUCCGUGCACACAGCCAGAUUACUCUCACUGCCCUUAGAGAAGAUGAUGGCGUCCCUAUCGUGUGUGUUGUUGACCAUCCAGCUGUGAAGGAUCUCCAGACCCAACAGUACCUCGAGGUGAACUAUAAACCAGUGGUGAUGGUCCAAGUGAAGUACCCACAGGGUUUGACCAGAGAGGGGGAACUGUUGGAGUUAAACUGUAUAGCAGAUGGCAAACCCAGGCCAGACAGGGUUAUGUGGCAGCGUUUAGAUGAUGAUCUCCCUGAACACGCCAUCAUUUCAGGAGAAACCCUGCUUAUCAACACACUUAACAAAACAGACAAUGGCACAUACCGCUGUUUAGCCUUCAAUGCCGUGGGCAAGGCAUCGGGAGAUUACACGCUAUUUGUGCACGAUCCCCCUACCACCCUCCCACCACCCACAACAACCACCACCACCACUACCACAACCACCACACCCCUCAUUCCAGAUGCAAGUGCAACGACAGAGCCUGCGGUUCACGAUACCCGAGCGGGAGAGGAGACCCCAUUAGUGGUGGACCAUGCAGUCAUUGGCGGAGUCGUGGCUGUGGUAGUCUUUGCUAUGCUUUGCCUUCUCAUCAUCCUUGGUCGCUAUUUCGCUCGACAUAAAGGAACGUAUUUCACCCACGAAGCCAAAGGAGCGGACGAUGCAGCAGAUGCGGACACAGCGAUCAUCAAUGCAGAGGGUGGGCAGAACAGCUGUGAAGAGAAAAAGGAAUAUUUUAUCUAGCCUGGCCUUGUAAUUGGGUGUGAGCUCUGCUCAGACUCGCCGCCCGAGGGGAGAAGGACCUUCCAGCGUCUCGCGUAUUUUUUAUCAUUUGGUUUAGGAGCGGAUGGAGGAGCAGGGAACCCAUCUGGUUAUAAAGUGGUCGCCCCAGAACACUCUCUGCUUUUAUUGUUUGCCACUUUCCUUUCAUGGGAAUAACAGGAGCUUGAAACGUUUUGUCUUUUAUUUUUUUGUUAAUGGGGGGUAGGGGGGUUGCAAGUGAAAUAUGGAUUCCAGGCUCCUCAGUGCAGGGGGACAGUGUGUGUAGAACAUUUUGUAUGUAUUGAAAUGUACUACAGGCUUCUCCACCUCCACUGAUGAUGUAUAUAUUUAUCAUCUGCAGACAAUUUGGUGCCUUGCUUGUUUUUAUUUUUAAUUUCACUUUCCCGAGAAGUUCUUGUUUUCCUGGCUGGUUUUCGUGUCAUUUCCUGCUGGGGCCGCUUUUUUUUUUUUUUGUGUCUACCAUCGUGUCACAUUCCCUCUGGCGAUAUCCUUCUUCGUCCAUCUUAUUGAUGUGACUGAAUUUCUCUUUGUUCAUUCCUUUGUUAAUACUCUGUGUUAAGGUCCUAUCACUUCCUGCUGUAAACAACCAAGUCGGUUUUAGGUGACUUCCUGUGGAUGAUUAAGACCAUUCCUACUGGGGGUUAUUCUUCUGUUUUUGUAAACGUAUCAUAUAUAUACCAUCUAAAUAUACCCAACAACAAAACGUAUUUUAAAAAAGUGAAAUAACAUAAUAACAGGUUGUGAUAAGUUAAUGUGAAAUAUCUAUCGAGCAUAAUCCAAAAACAAAUGUAUAAAUGGAGAAUUUGAACAUCAUACAAUGUUCCUGUCUACAAAUUGUUCGAGAGCAACAAAUCUCAGACAUAAAAUAAAAUUCCAAGUGUAUUAAAAAUAUAUAGAGUACAGUAAAAGAUCUACAAAUUUAUAUUUAUAUAUCAGUUUAUUGCAUAAAAGUGCCUUGGCCCCUUAACAAGAAGCCAGCCGUUCUGGGCCUUAAAAAUGUCAAAAUCCAGAAGUCCGCUACUGUCACACGGUGUAAGUUUCCUUUUUUGGAAAUUAAGAAAAUUGGGGUAAUUCCCAAUUUUACUUUUUCAUAAUAACAAGCAAUGGUCAGGAUAUAGUGAUGUAAAAUGUGCUGCCACUUAUUCCCU